UUUGGGUUGAAAUGGAUUUAACUUUAAUUAUUGGUUCUUAGUGAUUGUUAAUUUGAUUGGAAAAUUGUUUUUGGUGAAUAAUCAACUGUUGCUAUGGAAACGUAACAAUGAACUCGGCGGGAAUUUGAUGGAAAUUUGUUUCUCUCUUUAUUACCAAAAUGAAUUGUUAACCUGAAAAUUGUUUUUAAAUUGUUGAUGGUGUUUUUAAUUGUUUUUCUAUUUUUACAUUUGUUUUAAAUCCAUUGUUCAAUCUAUUUCCAUCAUGGGAAAAUCUGGUUCUGAAAAUUUUCGCAAGAUUAACCUAAAGAAAAAGGUAUUUUGUUCCAGAGGUUUUAAGAAAACCAAUGUAAGGCAAUUUAAGAGAACAGCUUGGAAACAAAAGUUCAAAGGUAAAACCAAUGUUUGUUAUCUUUGCGGUGGAGAAGGACAUUGGGCUAAUGCUUGUCCGAAUAAGGAUCAAAUGAGAGAUGCUCUAUCCGCUCACCAGCCCUUGAGUAAUGAUCCCGAUGAAUUGGAUGGUAUUUUGGACGAUGAUUUAGAUUUUGCUUCAAUGGUGUUACCCAUUGUUUCACCCAUUCUACCAGAAGAUGGUGAUUAUACUGAAAUUAUUGACGAAGCUUUGGCAGAAUUUGGAUUUGAACAAUUUAGACACUAUCAACGUAAAACAAUUGAAAGGAUUUUACGUGGUCAGUCAACAUUGUUAAUCUCCAGUACUGGAUCGGGUAAAUCAUUGUGCUACCAAUUGCCCGCUUAUGUUCAAUGGAAACACAAGAAAUAUAUUACUCUGGUUGUCUCACCAUUAAUCUCUUUGAUGGAAGAUCAACUUGUUAAUUUACCCAAACCAAUGUCGGCAGUUUGUCUCCAUAGUGGACUUAAAAUGGAUAAAAAAGAGAGUAAUCUAAAUGCUUUAAGAAAAGGAACCGCUCAAGUUUUGUUCAUCAGCCCAGAGUUUAUCACUGGUGGUUCAAAUUUCCGUGACCUUGCAACCCUUCCACUAAUAGGAUUUGCUUGUAUCGAUGAAGCUCAUUGUUUAUCCGAAUGGUCUCACAAUUUCAGACCUUCAUACCUUCAACUGUAUCGAGCUCUCGUUGAUAAACUUAACAUAAAAACCUUCUUGGCAUUGACAGCAACAGCAACUUAUGAAACGUGUGUACAGAUCACGAAAAAUCUUGGUAUCACAAGGAAUGAUAUUCUUGGUAUAACCAAAAUCCCUCCAAAUCUUAUCCUCUCUGUUUCAAGAGACACUGACAAAGAUACUGCACUGAUAGAGCUUUUGAAGAGUAAAAAAAUGCGAAAUUUGGAAUCAAUUAUCGUCUAUUGCACUCGACGAGAUGAUACCGUUCGAUUGGCACAAUAUAUUCGUACUAGUAUGCAAAACAUUAAAUGUGACAAAAAAUCUGAUGGUUGGGACGCUAGACCUUAUCAUGCCGGUUUACCACCCGAUGAGAAGAAUCGAGUUCAAAAUGGUUUUAUCAAAGGAAAAGUUCGAGUUGUAGUGGCCACAAUUGCUUUUGGAAUGGGAAUUAAUAAAUCAAAUGUGCGAGCAAUAAUUCACUACAAUUUACCGAAAAGCUUUGAAAGUUAUGUUCAAGAAAUCGGUCGUGCAGGUCGAGAUGAUUCUUUGGCAUAUUGUCACCUUUUCUUGGAUCCAUUGAAAAAAGAUUUAUUUGAAUUGAAGCGAUACAUUUUCUCCAAUAGUUGUGAACGAACUAGUGUCGAGAAAUUGGUCCAGCGACUAUUUAAAAAGUGUAAAUGUGACACAAUAGGUAACCAAGAAGAAGAAGAUGACGACGAUUCGAUAAACGAAGCUGAUUGUGAUGAAAAUAUGGACAAAGAAAAUUUAAAUUCAAGCUCAAAGGUCAAUUGUCCAGGACACGAAGUAGCAAUUCCAAUUGACGAUUUAACUAUGGAUCUUGACAUGAAGGAAGAAAAUAUUCUCACGUUGAUCUCUUUCAUUGAGCUUAAUUAUCCAGAGAAACAAAUGACUCUUUUACCAUCAUCUUACUCACAUUGUAAAUUACUCUCUUACGUUGAUGGUUUCAAGGGUUUAAAUGAGAUGAGUCGCCAAUGUCCACCAGUCGCUGUUGCCAUGGCAUUACGACCAAAUAAAAGUGAAGAGACAAAUUUAUUAGAAUUUAAUUACAUUGAAAUUGCCUCAAUGUUGGGUAUUCCAUCAAGUGAGGUUCGCCGGCAGUUGCGAUCAUUGGAAUGGAUUCAACUUUCUGAUGGUCGAAAAACUCGUGGAAAAGCAAGAAUAGAAUUAACUAAAUUGUCUAUUAGAGUAAAAGUUCCCGGUAAUUUGAAACAAUUUGAACUCGAGUCAAUCAUUCAAUUUCUUUACAAUUAUGUCUCCUCACAAGAGCGUAUUGAAAUUAACCGAUUAGAUUUUAUCUAUGAUACUUUUACCAAAUUUUCACUUCCAACUUGUAUCGAUAAAAUUGAUCUGAAAAAAAGUAACCAACUCAAGGAAACGCUGAACAAAUACUUUUCCCAUGGAUUCCAAGAAGGCGAUUGUGUUUUCAAUUUGAAGACAAUCUUAAAUCCAACUAAUUCCAAUCAAAUUAAACCAACGGAGAAAUUACAACCUUGUGACAUUGAUCAAAUUCAUCGGGAUAUUAGACAUCUACUCAAUAUGCACCAUGAAUACAAUUGGACUCCCAGAGCAGUGGCACGAAUCCUUCAGGGAAUUUCCAGUCCAAGAUUUCCCGCUGAAAUUUGGGGCAAAGCUUACCAAUUCUGGAGAGCUCAUGUUAACCUUGAUUUUAACAUAUUAUUUCAAAUUGCCGAUGAAGAGAUUAAACGUAUUGACGGAAAAUGUUAGUCAUUAAUCAUCUUGUUAAAUCAUGAUAAUUGCUACAAUUAUGAUCAUCAUUUUCUAUGUUUAAUUUGUAUAUGAUUGUGAUGAUUAAUUAUCGGCUUAUUUAUUACCUUGAUUUGAUUUGCUCACAUAAGCACAAAAGUGAAAGAAAACAUCAUUGUAAAUAUUGGAACAAUUUACUUUUCUCAUCACCAUCAUGAUUAUAAUUAUUUGAAUGUAAAUCUUUUAAUUAAACUGCAACUAAAUCACUUUAUCAACCAA